UGGGGCCACUGCACCUGGUCCGCGCGGACAGGCGAACUUGAGUUCUGGCGGAACUUUGGAAGCGGUGGAUUUGAGCGGACCGAUCAGCGCGCUGCAUUUGAGGACCCGUCGCACUCGGUGGUUGGCGUUUUUGUCCAGCUAUUCCGCUCAGAUUGUGCAGAGACUUCAUCAUCCAACCUUCUCCGUCUGAUCGGCUCUCGUUCUCAGAGUGAAAAUCCAGCUAUCAUCGGACCAGAGCGGACUCCGGAAACGUAUCGAUCUGCCACUAAACAGCUGGAAAGAGAGGAUGUGACAGAAGUGCAGGGGAUUAAGUUCAGAUACGACGGAUACACAAAAGGACAUCCACGAUGCCAUUCGAGCAGCGCUUCCUGGUCUUUCACAGGAAGUUUUGGCCGCUUUAGAGGACGUUUCGGAGAAACUCGGCACCGCAACCGCAGACGAUUUCCAGUAUAUCACCGAAGGAGACUUGCAGCCUGUGCCGAAGCCCAUUCGGGCCAGAAGACCGGUCGCUGCACGGGCCCAAAAUACUGCACCGACGUGAAUCCAGCUGCAGCUCAGUGCACAGCCAGAACCGCCUGCUGUAACCGGGUCGCCCUGCAGCCCGUCAUCACAGACCUGGUGCAGAGUCUUUUGCCAAGGCUUAGUGGGAAGGUGGACGUCGUCCUCUUCAAUCCUCCAUAUGUGGUCACUCCAUCAGAAGAGGUGGGCAGCAGAGGUGUAGAGGCGGCGUGGGCCGGAGGAGAGCGAGGCAGACGGGUCACCGACAGGUUCCUCCCUCUGGUUCCUCAGCUGCUCUCCAGUAAAGGCCUGUUUUACCUCGUCACCAUCGCCGAGAACAAGCCAGAGGAGAUUAUCAGUUUAAUGAGCCAGUUUGGGCUGGAAGGAGAGACCCGCCUGUCAACCAGAGCUGGGAAUGAGAGGUUGUCGGUCCUGCGUUUCCAUAGAAACCAGCAGAGGUGACGGGAAAUCAUUUCAGGAAGGAACCAAUAGUUUCAGGAGUCUGGGAGAUGUGACUGUAACCGACCUGAACACUGAGGCCCCAGAGCGCCCCCUGCAGGAUCUGCUGCACCAUCACCGUUUCCAGCAGCAAAUCAAUCAUCUGUUGGUCCAGACAGAAAAGUUGAAGCUGUCAGUGAAGCAGAUCAGAAGCUGAGCAGCAGAAACCCAGAAGAACUGGAAGCAUCAGCAGGAGAUGAACUGGACCUCUAGGAUCACUGAUGCUGCAGCUGAGGAAGAGGAGGACGAUGAAGGUGAAGCUGCCAUCCUCAGACUUCCUGUUUAUCAACCCAAGAAAGCAGAAAACCUGCAGAAAAUCAGCUGAAGAAGAACCACGAGGAGCUGGAGUCGUCCGGCGCCCUCUAGUGGCUGAUUGAACUACUGCACUGGGAGAACUGGACCUCGACGCUACUGCAGCUCAGCGGCUGGUUUCUCUCUGAAUGGACCAAUCAGAACCAAAGAGGAUUCAGCUCUGAGACAAUUAUUUACAACUACAUACAGUAGUUACACAUAUGUACAACAUGUUAGCGUUUCUAAACACUUAGAGUUUAGAAAACA